AUGUGUUUAAAAUGUACAGAUGGAUAUAUGUUUGACUUCUCAACCAAAACAUGCACAAUGGGUAAAGAGCUGUGUAAAUUAUAUUAUAAUGCCGUGUCAAACAAUGUUUUGUGUUAUCAAUGUUACAACAACCUGACUGUAUAUACCAAAAACAACAUGUGUAUAGAUUGUAUUGCCACAAAUCCAAAUUGUUUACAAAUGGACACAGAAGACUGUAGUAGAUGUCGUGUUUGUAGAAAUGGGUAUAAAAUAAUUGCUAAUGAAACGUGUACAAUUGUACCCAAUUGUGCAUAUACCAAUAAAAAUUCAAUUAAUUGCAAAAGUUGUAUUGAUGGAUUUUAUUUAGAAAAUGAUGAAUGUAAAAGAGGUGACAUAUCUGAUUGUGUUGUGUACGAUAAUGCCACUGUUUGUGCAAAAUGUAAUGAAGGUUUGUUUAUACUUAACGGUAAAUGUGUAAAUUUGCCGUUUUGUCAAAAAACAAACCGAGUUGCGACUAGGUGUGUACGUUGUAUGCCUGGGUAUGGGCUUAAUGGUGUUAAUUGCAGUGUAUGUACAACCAACGAAAAUUGCACUUCUUGUUAUGCAAAUUAUACAAAAUGCUCGACGUGUGUAGAUGGAAUGUAUUCAAAUGAAAUUGGAGUUUGUGUUUCUUGUAUUGUUAUAUGUAAAUUAUACAACGAGUUGUAA